AUAUAUUUAUAUAUGUACCUAAAUCUAUCUAGAUAUAACUAGUAUCUGGGUCCUGCGCACUAUAUUUUAUUUUUAAUUUUGCUGUAAAAUUAGUAGUAAGAUCUUUGGUUUGGUGUAAAAUAUACCAAAUGGCUUCUUCAAGUGGAAAUUCUUCAGGGUCUACACAGAUUCAGAGCCACUCUGGCUCUGAAGAGCACUUGCAAGGUAAGAUGGAUCAGAGGAAGAGGAAGAGGAUGGAAUCGAAUCGGGAAUCGGCGAGGCGUUCUCGCAUGCGAAAACAGAAGCAUUUGAAUGAUCUGGUUAACCAGGUUGCUCAGCUGAGGAAAGAAAACAAUCAGAUCAACACAAGUGUGAGCAUCACCACUCAGCACUACCUCAAUGUUGAGGCAGAGAACUCUGUUUUGAGAGCUCAGAUGGAUGAACUUAGCCAGAGAUUGCAGUCUCUCAAUGAUAUCUUGAAUUACAUGAACACCAACAAUGGUGUGUUUGAGACUCGGGGUUUUGAGCCCAGUCCCGAUAGUUUCAUGAACAAUUCUUGGAACUUGAUGUAUCUUAAUCAACAACCCAUCAUGGCUGCUGCUGAUAUCUUUCAGUACUGAUCAGCAUCAUCAUCAUCAUCAAGAAGAUUGUUAAAAUUGGUUAAUUAGGGUGAAUCAGUAUGAUUAUUAGGAGAAUAAUAAGUAUCUGAACACAUAAAUCAGUCACGGAAUAUGUAUGAAUCGAUAAAAUUUUUUAGAAUUGAAUCUGGUACCAACAACAUUUUCUGUAAAAUCCUUAUGGAUUUAUUUGAUUUUUGUGUUCGUAGUUAAACUCUGUAUGAGAAAUUGGUAAGGGAAUAUUAAUUUGUAAUCAAAUUGGUUGUCUAUUGAGAUAUUGAAUGAAUUGCGUCUUUGCUUGUAAUUUCA